ACCCAAUGAAGUCUAUCGAAUGCAAACCGCAACAGCUGACCGCCAUCGGUAACCGACUGCUGGAUUGGUUCUCGGUCAUCAUGGCCGACAGCAAGAAACGCCGUCAGCAUCAGCAGCAGAAGAACAAGGUGCACUUCCCGGCCGCCUGCAAACUGGAGGCCCGCUGGAUGUUCGGCCACCUGGACUUGAACAACGAUGGGGAACUGUCCUCGCAGGAGCUGUACGAUUUGGAACACGACCAGAACGAGCGCUGCAUUAAACCGUUCAUCGACACGUGCGACCUGGACCAGGACAACACGAUCGAUCCACGGGAAUGGUGUCGCUGCUUCGAAAAGACCGACCGGCCGUGUGCCGCUGUCCGAAGGCGUUUGGGUACUGAUUUGAAUGGUUCUGGCUACGCACCGGAUUGCGACAGUCAAGGAUUCUACAAGCCAACUCAGUGCCACCAGGCGGUUGGCGUGUGCUGGUGUGUGGAUGAGCAUGGUGUUGAGUUCGCAAACACGCGCACUCGCGGAAAGCCUAACUGCGACGAGAUAAUCAACAACGCCAACACGCUUAACGCCGACGAUGAGGACGCCGAAGAUUCCGAAGAUGACGACGACAGCCAGGAGGGCAGCGCCGAUCGUUUGUUAGUUUUCUAAGGUGGUGAACGAGGCAACAGGAAGGAGCAGAGAAUGUUGUAUCGUCAUUCCAUUUCACUACCAGUCGCCGCCGUCUUACCAUGCAGCGGCAAAAAAAAAAUCGCAGAAGAGAAAGUUUUGAGUUCCGUUCCAUCAGCAACCUAUUGGGGUUUUCCAUGCGGGGAAAGCUGCUUCCGGGUUUCUUUGUUUUAGCCAAUACUCGGAAUAAAGAGUUUUUAUUUUCAUUUGGAAAAGCCGAUGAUGGUUGUUUUGUCAUAAUUCGCUGCUGAAGCAUAACAUCAGCUACGGUUCUCCGAAGCUGGUUGAUUAAGUUGUUUUUCUAUUAGAAACUUUUUAUUUUUCUACGGUUUUGUUUUGCUGAAUUUUGUUUACCUGUACAUGACGAGUUCUGCACAUUUCUUCGCUAGAAAAAAUAUGAUGAGCACUUUUAAGGCUCAAAUUGGUAUUUAUCGUAUGGGUUGUCUUAACAAAAAGAAGGAAAUUCUCGAACAAAUAUCAGCAAAGGAAUCCUUUCAAUUUUCCCAUCUGUUUUCCUCAUUAAUCAACAACUUUUGUGCGAAUGUACAACAUCUAAAUAUUGGAUGACUUCUUUAAUUUUUGCCUGUACAAAGUUUGUUGAGAUUCUGUUGCAUAAAGUCAGUAAUAAAACGCUCCAAUGAGAACUUGGCAGCGCUUUUGCUCGAACUUGCACAAUUAAUCGAUUGAUUAAUACUUCAUGGAUUUGCAUCCAAUUUGAAGGGAAGAGGUUAAUUAUACUCUCUAAACAAAUGAAUUCAAAUUUUGUACAUUCUUACAUAUAACCAUGUUGAAUAUAUCAAGUAUUUUGAUUGAGUACUUUUCAGUAAUAAAAGUUCAUGUAGAUAUGUAUUACGCAAUGCAGUCCAAAAGAGUCAUACCCCUAUCAAUUAUCUAUUAUCAAUCUAUUACUGUCAUUCAAUAUUUUUAGUAUUUCAUUGUUUCAGUUCAGUCGUAAAUUAAGAUUUUUUUCUUCUGUUGUUUAUUAUCUUGCUUUCCAAAUUUCGAAAGUUUGUUCCCUCAUGGAAGUAGAGCUGAAGUGUGAAACAAUGAAUAACAAAGAUAUAUUCACUAAAUCAUCCCCGUCCUUAAUUAGCGUCGUGAGUCUCUUUACUGUUGUUAAGUUAAUAUUUUUGGAAACAAAUUGAUUGUGAAACAUAAAUGAUUAGAUAAGAAGAUAGCUAAGGCCCAUUGUCGUUUGUAGAAUUGAAGAGAGAAUUUCGAUAAAAGUUUGUCAUUCAGGAAACGAUACCUCGGGACAGUGCUUGGCAUAAAUUCGUGAGCAAACACGAGAAAUGAUAAAUUACCAAUGAUUAAAAUCAAGGAAGGGUUAUCAUUCCGAACAGAUGUAUAAAACAGACUUGUAGGAACGGUUAUGUUGCAAAUCUUCCCGCAAGCUAAUCUAAUACAACAAUUUGAGCUACGAACAAAUUCGACUAAGCCAAUCGAAAUUCUAUUCCUCUCAACACUCUACAUGAGAUGUCCAAAACUUAACAAAAUGACUUUUCUAAUUUGUCAGUCAUAACUUUUAUGUUGUUGUGUUACCGUACUAAAUAAGAAUAAAUACACUAUACUUAUAAGUAAAUGAAACAAACGUCAAAAUAUUGUUGUAAAAAGCCUUAUUUUUGCAAGUAAAGGUACAGUCUAAACUACUACUAGCAAAUAAAUGAGAAGAAAAGUGUCGCAAAACGAGGUAAGAAAUCGCAAACCCUUAAUUAAGCGUAGUAGGCCAUCAGUAUUUUUACUAAUGUUAAGCUGCAAAACGACAAACUAAAACGUCAGCCACUCUUGAUUCAAUAGAAGUAUGCACCGCGCUUUGAGUGUUUGAAGGGUUAGCAAACAGAUGCCACACAACUUGUGAUUGUUUACACAAACUACCACUAACUACAGAACUUCAUCAAUGCAUCAAUUAGAAAGGUUAUUCAGUUUGACAGCUCAGUUCGCAUUGAGUUGUCACUGUCAAACUGAACGCCUCCAUCUUGGAUGAAAAUUUAUUUCGGUUGUCUUAGAAAAUGAUACAAAACAAGCUUACUAGAGAAGAAAAACCGUCGCAAGCAAACGUAGAAUCAAUGCAAAAUCAAGAAUGCCACUCGCGUAACAAUUUUAGUAGAUGAAUGAUAACAACAUAAGCGGAUCCAAAUUUGGAAAGCAAACCAACUAAAUGAAGAACAUAAAGUCAGAACACAGCAAAAUAACUUCACACGAUAAUUGGAAUACCAUUAAAUAACUAAUAGGACAAUUAUACAACACAGAAAGAAAAUAGAUCAAACCGUGAUUGACAGAAACAUGAAAAAUACAAGUGACAAGUUCGAAACAAUACGAAACAAUUAUCUGUGCAUUCUUUUGAUAAAAACAUAGACACAUACACACGCAUACGCACCCAUUUACAUCCAUACCCAAAAUGGAAACAUCUCUCCCAAACGGUGAGGUCAUUCGAUUCGAAGUAUUCGAUGUUGGUUGAUACCAGUUAUGUGACUCUGGCUGAACAAACACGUUUGACAAUUUAGUAAAAUCUUAAGCAUUUUAAUGGAGGAAGAGAAUUAAAAACAUCAUCUGAUAAAAUAAAAAAAAA